AUGGAAGUGGCGCAGCUGCCGCCGGCGUCGCCGCGGGCUGUGGAAUUGGGGAGCCUGCGGGCGGUGGCGGUGCUGGGGCGCGGGGCGAAGGGGGUCGUGUUCCUCGUGCGCGAGGCGGCGACGGGGCGGGCACUGGCGCUGAAGGCCGUGUCAAGGGCGACGCUGGAGGGGAAGGCCCUCCGGGAGGAGGAGGCGUACCGGCGGAUCUGGUUCGAGCGGGAGGUCCUGAGUGGCCUCCGCCACCCUCUUCUUCCCGAGCUCCGUGGGUUCGUCUCUACUGACAAGAUCUUCGGGUUCGUCGUCGAUCUUUGCCCCGGCGGCAAUCUCACCGCACUCCGCAACCGGCAGUCUGAGAAGAUGUUCUCCGACGAUACCAUCCGGUGGGUCUCUCUCUCUCUCUCUCUCUCUCUCUACCCCUCCAUCACUCUCUGUUUCUUUCUCUCUCUGUGGCGGCGUUCCUCAGCUUUCUCUCACCAGGUUUUACGCCGCCGAGCUGGUCCUGGCGUUGGAGCACCUGCAUAGGCAGGGAAUCGUCUACAGAGAUCUUAAGCCGGAGAACAUCCUCAUCCAGGCCGGUGGCCAUCUUAUGGUUGUUGACUUCGACCUCUCCGCUAGGCUUUCCCAUGCCUGCCCGUCCCCCUCCGGCCACACGCCGCCGGCUCCGGCCAGAAGGAGACGUUCGCCGCUGUGGUGGGUCUCCUGCAAGUCCGGCGGCCGGCGGGAGGACACCGCUGAUUCCUCCACGGAGGCCCAGGGGACCUCUACCAGCUCCUGGGAGUCAACGGGGAAGUCCAACUCCUUCGUUGGGACGGAGGAGUACGUGGCGCCGGAGAUCAUCGACGGCAAAGGCCACGACUUCGCCGUUGACUGGUGGAGCCUCGGGGUGGUGCUCUACGAGAUGCUUUACGGGAGGACGCCCUUCCGGGGGAAGAACAGGAAGGAGACCUUCUACUUCAUCCUGACCAAAUCGCCGGCGCUGGUCGGAGAGAAGACCCCCUUGAGGGAUUUGAUCGGCCGGCUGCUGGAGAAGGAUCCCGGGAAGAGGAUCUCCGGCGAGGGGAUCAGAGCCCACGAGUUCUUCAGAGGGGUGGACUGGGAAUCGGUGCUAGAAAUCUACCGGCCGCCGUACAUCCCGGCGGCGGAGGCCGAUGAUCGGGGUGGAGAAGACGACGAGUCCAUCGACGUGGAGGAAUUCGUGCACGGGGUUUUCGGGGCGGCGGGGGCCGGGAAAGAGAAGGAGAGAGGAGAACCAAACGCCGCCGCCGCCGUCGCCGGAAAGGACGGCCACUGGGUGGAGCGGCUGAGCAGCCAUCAGUUUUCUCCAAAACCCGCCGAGUUUCUGGUCUUCUGA